UCUUGUUGAAACCUGUAUUAACUUGUACUGAGGAGAUGAGAGAGAAAGUGACAGGACCAAUCAGGCUAAGGAUGGUAGACUUUUGGUGCCGGCUGUGGCACCUGAGACUAUUGUUGUGUCUCACAGGACUCCUUCAGUGGGAUCUGUGCAGCGGUAAGCAUCUGGUCCAGAUCCAGGAAGGUCCUCUAUAUAGAGUGAAAGGAUAUCCAAUCUCAAUAUCCUGUAAUGUUACAGGGUUUAAAGGCCCAGCUAAGCAGGAUUUUCAAUUCAUUGUCAAGAAACCAAACAUGGAUCUAAAUAUGAUCAGUACUAUUGACCCAAACUUUCCCUAUAGAGUAUUCUCAGAUAGGGUAAGAAUAAAAGAUAUUGAGAUUCAAAUGUUGUCAGGUUCUUCAGUUCUUUUGAGGAUCAAAAAUUUGCUGGAGGAGGAUGCAGGUGAUUUGGUCUGUGAGACCCCAAACACAGAUGGCGAAUAUUUCGGAAAUUAUGCUGCAGAAACCAAGCUUAAUGUGAUUGCGGACACCCUGGAGGCAUCAUACUCUGGCUCUCCCUCUCAGAGCUUGUCUGAAGGUGAUCCUCUUCAGCUUGAGUGCCAGGUCUCCAGUCAGACUUUUCAACAUACUCAUCUGUCAGUCACCUGGUUUCUCCAUGGUGAAGAGGAUGAAAACCCCCGACCAAUCAUUACUCUGGACAAAGAUCUGACUGUAAGGCCAGGAGCUGGAUUUGAGGAUCGCUAUCGUGCUGGUCUUAUUGGCAUGGAUAAGGUGGAGGACACAACCUACAGAUUGAAGAUGCCUCAAGUGCAGCAGUCAGACCAGGGGAAGUUCUACUGCAAAGCCAUUGAAUGGAUCCAAGACCCAGACCGUUCCUGGACACAGAUUGCCUACAAAAAUACCACAGCAUGCAAUGUAGAGGUUAAACUCUUCUUGAUCCAAGAUGGCGCCUGUGUGUUUGGCUGGCCGUCUGCUGCUCUCUUGUUUAUUUGUAUGGUUGUUUGCCUGGAUUCCUGUUCAUUCAGUGUUUAUUUGAAGGCUUCAAAGGGGCCACUGCAGGAGGGAGACGCACUGGACAUCCGUUGCAGUGUGAAUGCACAGAACCUUCCUGGUCAUUUCUUCUCAGUGACUUGGCUGAACAACCAGCAGAAAGUGGCCCAGAUUGGAUCAUCUGGGGUGCUCACCAUGUCUGACAGUUAAAAAAGAGAGAGAGAAUGCAACAGAGAUGAGAGCAGUGAAAAACAAUCACAUGGACUACCUGCUGACCAUCUGUUCAGUUUGGGCUGAGGACCAGGGCCAAUACCAGUGUGAAGUGUGGCAGGAAAACAUGAAUGAAGAUGGCACCUUCAAAAAAUAUAAAAUAAAUAAAUAAAUAAAAAAUACAAAAACAAAUGUCUAGUACAGAGACUAUGAACAUCACGGCUAAAGGUAAUAAAUGAUGCAAUUGUUCCUCCUAUAUAGUCAUUGUGCUGUUCAAAGUUAAGUAUG